AUGGAGAAAAAUCUUCAUUCUCGUGUCAUUCUUCUCAUGUUCUUUGUAUCUUGUUCUCUUUUCAUUAUGUCCCAAGCUAUAACUACCCCAGCUGGAACAAUCGAAAGGAUAACAAAACAGCAAUUACUUGCAAGUAUUCUACCAAAUGUUGGACCAACACCAACUGGUUCAUCUCAACUAUUCUUAACAUCUCCUUCAGGAAAAUACUCCGUGUUCCUCUUACGUCGUGAGACUACUCUAGGUGCGGGUGGAUUUGGUUCAGACUUUUGUUACAUGCAAGUUCAAGAUUCCGGUGUAAGCGUAUGGGAAUCUGAAUGUACCCCGGUAAGUACUGCUAACACAUGUAGUUUAGUGUUUGGUGAAGGAGGUCUUGAAAUAUUUGAUGGAAGUAGUUCUGCAUGGGAUGGAGAUGUUGAUGGUGAUGAGCCUUUGGAAACCCUGGAGAUGUUGGAUACUGGUGACAUGAGAAUUAGAGAUAAAGAAGGUGAGCUACAAUGGAGAGCUAGUGACAACCCUAUUGUUAACCAAAACUGUGGGUCAAUCGGUUCACCUGGAUUAUCUCCAGUUUUACCACCUUUUGCUUCUCCUGUUCAUGGUGGUGAUGAGGAUCAUAAUGGUCCAUUCGGACAACCAGGUACUGCUAUUCCUGUUCCUGUUGGUAACGGUGUUGGUAAUCAAGGGUUAGUGGAACCAAUUCCAGCUGACCAGGAACAGCCUCAAGAUCAAGUGAUAGCAACAGCACCAGCUCCUUUAGAUGAUUCAGAACAGGUACCAGAACAAGCUAUUGGAAACCCUCAGCAUGGAGUAAGCUCAAAGCCAUUGUCAGCAGCAGGGUUGAACCAACCAUUUGGUGGAGCUGCUGGUGCUAAUCAAGAACCCCUUGUAGACAACACUCCUUAUGAUAGUGGGUGUUCAAAGAAUAAGGUAUUUGGGCUUGGGUUUGGUUUAAUUGCUGUUUUGUGGUGUCUUUGA